CUAACAAACCGGUCACAGCAUGAACUCAGCGUGUUUACGUUCGUUCGUCCCCAAACGUCCGUUCGGUUGCAUGCAAGCUUGUGCAUUUGAUGAGACACGAUAAAUCGGCAGAUCGAUCGAUCGCUGACGAGAAGGAUCUCUGGCCUGUUCACAGGAUCUAACGUACGGGGAGGGUGGCCACAAUUGGCGGAGCAUAAUCUUCUCGCUGCUGGUCAUCGGCUUCGUUAUCGCCGGGAUCGUUACAGCCAUUUACCUUCUCGGGUACGUCGACGAGCUGCUGUAUUGGAGCGGCAGACGGCUCACGUUAGACGAGUGCCUUCGUGAUGAUCUGACGCCGCACAGGUUAACACCGACCUGGGUUUCCCACGACAAGUUUGUCUACCAGGCGGACGACGGUUCCCUCACUCUCCUGGACACCAGCAACAAUUCCGUGGCCCUUCUGGUCUCUAAUCACACGCUCCCACCACACGCCUCUUCGUCUGCACACGUCGCGGAGGAUGGAGCAGACGCGGAUGGAGCACGCCGCCUGGUUGGGCAACACGUCCGGCCUCCUGAUGAUCUCCGAGAACGACAUAUACGUGAGAAUAGCGCCGUCCGCGGCAGAGGAGGUGCGAAUAACCGAGACAGGCGUUCCCGGCGUCAUAUACAACGGCGUGCCGGACUGGCUGUAUCAGGAAGAAGUGCUGCCGCGGCCGGAAGCAGCCUGGCCUAGCCCCGAUGGCACGCACCUUCUCUACGCUUCCUUCAACGACACCAAGGUCACUGCCCUGGAAUUCCCUUGGUUCGGCACGCAACUGGGUCAGGACGGGCCCAGUUCCAGCCCCUUGUCCGCGACCAGGAGAGGCUCGUUCCCACCCUCCAAGUCGGUUAGAUAUCCCACCCCUGGCUCGCCGAAUCCGGAGGUCGAUCUGUGGAUCAUGGAGCUGAGCAACCUGACCAAUUUCGUCAAUGGGAAUGGUAGCGCGAACUCGACCACGCUGUUCAGGACGAGGGUGAAGCCGCCAACUGCUUUGGACGGGCAGGAGUAUUAUCUAAUAUCCGCGGGCUGGGUAGGCGACGACUCCAGCCAAGUGGCGGUCGUUUGGAUGACCAGAUCGCAGAAUCUCUCGCUAGUAUCGGCUUGUCGAGCACCGAUGUGGGAGUGUGAGGAGACCCACUCGGAGAGAGCGCCAGAAGGACAAUGGUUAGACGCACAACCUCAUCCUGUAUUUGCCCCUGACGGUGACAGCUUCUUGCUGUUGGCUUCUGUUCAGGAGGGUGAUAAAGAACACUUCACCCACAUCAAGCACGUAACCUUGACACAACAGAGGAUAGCGGUCCUCUCUCAUGGUCGUUACGAGGUAAGCGAGAUCUUAGCGUGGGACACGAAAGCCCAUUUGGUCUACUAUUUGGGCACCAGGGAGAGAAGGCCGGGCCAGAGACAUCUUUACGUAGUUCGUGAUCCCAUUGCCGAUGAUCCCCGGCGUCUGGAGCCGCUCUGCGUCACGUGUGAUCUUGGCGAAGUUCUUUGGAGCAGUAGAUUCUACUACACCAACUGUACGCACUUUGGUGCCUCCGUAAGUGCAGCAAUCGACGACGAAUCUCAGGGUUACUACGUUCUCUACUGCGAGGGUCCAGGCCUUCCACUAGCUGGCAUGCACUUGACCACCUCUCACAAGAUGAUCCGCGUGUUAUAUGACACGCGAAUCCAACGAGGAGACAAACUUUCUGAACUGGCGUUACCAACUCGAAGAAGCUUCGAGGUACCCCUACCUCAAGGAUGGAAGGCUCAAGUGCAACUGUUGUUACCACCUUCGUGGCGGGAGGAGCUUCGAGACGCGGCGUUCCCUGUCCUGGUCGAGGUGAACGGUCGUCCAGGUAGCGAAGCAGUGACGGAUCGAUUCAGAAUCGACUGGGGGACCUACAUGUCCAGCCACAAUGACGUAGUGUACAUCAGGCUGGACGUCCGCGGUGCCAGGGGUCAGGGGAAACGAGAUCUGUUCAGGCGGAUCGGCGGCGUCGAGGUUCAAGAUCAGUUGACCGUGUUGAAGCACUUGCUGAAGACUCUGAAGUACCUGGACGUCACGAGGGUGGGUGUGUGGGGUUGGGGUUAUGGCGGCUACGUGACUGCCAUGGUGUUGGGUAGCCAGGAGAACGUGUUCAAGUGUGGCGUCGCUGUAAAUCCUAUCGCCGAUUGGCUCUAUUACAAUUCCGCGUUCACGGAGCGAGUCCUUGGUGCCCCAGCAGAGAACUACAAAGGUUACGUGGAGGCUGAUCUGACCCAGAGGGCAAGGUUGGUGCCCAGUCAUAGCCUCUACCUUCUUCAUGGUCUAGCUGACCUCACAGCGCCUUAUACGCACGGUGUCGCCUUUGCUAAGGCUCUAUCCGAAGCGGGUAUCAUCUUUAGGUACCAGAGUUACGCGGACGAAGACCACGCCUUGACAGGCGUGUUGGAACACGCUUAUCGUUCCAUGGAGGACUUCCUCGCAGAGUGCCUCGCCCUGGACGCGUCCUAGUGCCUCAAGCCGAACGCUCCCUCGUUGUCUCUAGCUCGCCUACUUCUGAUACAUCCCAGAUUCACCUGGAUGCUCGUCAAGAAGGCUCUCGUCGUUCAGGACUAGAUUAGCUUCGAACAAAUAGAUAGAUGUCGGACGUCACGGAAUACACUCGGUCCUGAUCGUUACGAAUCAAAAUAUCGAGCACGAAAACGAAGAUAGAUCGAAAAGAGUAUAGCAAUGAAUCGUAUAGAAGAAGAAGAAGAAGAAGAAG